AUGGAAGGAGCUUUGAAUUCAUCGUAUUUUAAUCGUUUACAAACUUUCUUAGUCUUUCCUUUACCGAACGACGAGUCCUCAGCUUCGCCUUUGAAAUUGGCAGAAGCCGGGUUUGUUCGUCCGGAGAAACCCGUUUCAGAUGAAGUUGAAUGUCGGUAUUGCGGAGCGAAGUACAGUGGCUGGUCCAAAGAGUCACCACUUGCUGUACAUCGUGCCCUUAAUCCAUUUUGUCCCUUUCUCAAUACUCACCCUGGCGACCGCAAUGAAAAUUCAUGUAUCACGGAGGAAGGAAGUCACAAGAAUGAAUUAGAGAAAGUCACAAAACUGCCGUUCCCAUCAUUUGAAAGCCCGUCUGCAAGCAUUUUCAAAGUUCGUACCGUCGAACUUCCAUUUACCCCAACAAGAGGAGGUUAUUUGAUGUUGUUUGAAAGCUUCCGGCUAUUGACAUAUACAGAUCCAUUUUCAAAAGAAGCAGCAGUAUACUCGGAAGCAGGUUUUAUUUACAGCAGUGUGUCAAAAAGCGUGUUUUGCAUUUUCUGUGAUGGUGAACUGGAUUUUAAGCCAAUAAGUAUGUGCUUCUUGGAAGACAUUCAUUGGCAGAAGUUUCCUCAUUGCCCCCUGGUCAAUGGUUUUGAUUUUGGGAAUGUGUCCCUGGAUGCUGAAAGAAAGAUCAAGGAGAAGGUUCGAACACAACAUAUGUGCAGUGUUGGCAACAAAUUCAAUGACAAGUAUUUAGUCAAACACCCUGAAUUUGAGGAUGAAGCUGUUCGUAUUGGAACAUUCUCAACGUGGCCGAGAAUGUUGACUUCUGAGUUUCCUGCUGACAAAAUGGCCAGCUGUGGAUUUUAUUAUACAGGUUUCAAUGACAAGGUAAAAUGCUUUGCAUGUGGCGUGGGUCUUUACAACUGGCCGUCUAGGGCAGUCCCAAAAGAGCAGCAUAUGAAAGCUUCACCGCAUUGUGUGUUAUUAUUGGAGUGUCUGGACAGAGAAUUCAUUAAAGCCCAAAAUGUUGAGUUGCUUGUUGAAGUUGAUGACAAAGAAACUAUCUCAGGAUCACAAGAAGAACAAGAAACAGCAUUGUUGGUCACAGAUUGCAUUUCAUCAUUACAACCAUCAGUAAAGGGGAACUGUUCAUUCCCUUCAUAUAAAUCCUGCUGUUCAUCGCCAUUUGCACCAGGAUCUCCACUUCUAGAUCUGGAAACCAUCAAGGCAGCCUUGGCAUGUCAGUACACACUUGAGCAAAUAACCCAUGCCAUCACGAAAUUCUUUAUUUCAUCUUGUGGCCGCUAUCCUAAUCAAGAUCUCUUGAUAGGAACCCUAAAGGCAGCUGAUGAGAACUUUAUGAAACUUUGUGACAUGAGCCAGGAGAUCAUCAAUACCAAGGCAGAGCUGAAAGUAACAAAAGCUGAAAAGGCUGUCUUUGAAGCUGAAAAGAUGUUAUUUCAGGCCAAAGAGGCUCAGUUUCAAAUAAAAGAAGCUCAGUUUGAAGCUGAAAAGGCAGCAUACCGGCGGGAAAUUCAAGCCAGAAAUAGAGAACUCCAGAGAGACAUGUAUAGAGAGGUCUCUGAACGAAAAGAUCAAAUCAUAAAGGAAAGAGAACGUGUGAUAGAACAAAGAGAUCAGCUGUUAGAACAAAACUGUUAUGAGCUUGAAAUGAAAACAAAAGAAGUGGAAGAUCUUCAUAGACAUAUUAGAUCACUUCAGGCAGCACUUGAAAGGCAAAAUAGAUGUGAAAAACAAGUGAUAAUCUCUUUAUCUUUCACAGAUGGUGAUAACUCCAGCUCACAGUCUCAAGUGGAACACUGUUCAGAGUCAAAGUCCACAGUGGAUGAAUUCCCAGUGGCAAGCUGCAAAGUGUGUCUUGUCAAGCAGUCACAGAUCAUGUUCCUACCCUGCAAACAUCUCUGUUGCUGUGAUACUUGUGCUGCUCAGCUGCUACAGUUAGGUCAGAAUUGUCCGAUUUGCCGGGAGCCGAACAUGAGCUUUGAGAAAGUAUACGUUAUUUAA